GGAAACUCAGCCUACCCAGGUCAGUUCAGAUAUAAAUGCCGAGAAAGUUUGCAAAAUUUCACAAUAGCAGAUUGACUUUGCUGAGAACAGAAGUUCCCAACAGAAAUCAAAAGCAGAUUCUGGGGCCGCUUUGACCAGUUUGUUCUGUGUCCAGCCAGAAUGGAGAUCCUUCACUCCUCUCUCGUCAUCCUGGCCUGCCUUUUAGGGUCUCUGGCAGAGGAAGGUGAGUGCUGUGUUGAGCUGUACAGUUGAAAUGCCUGUAGCUCUGCACCAGAGCUAAACAGCUGGAUCGUCUGCUGUGGAACCACCAGGGCAGGAUUGGGGGGAAAAUCCUGGAGGGCUCCAAUUGGUUCUGCAGCGAUAGAACUGCUAGCGCAUUGGAGGGACAGAUAGGGCUCUGGAACCUGGGAAGGGAGCCCAUGUAGGACAAGGAAAACGCUGAUCCUAAACCUCUACUGCCUUGUGGGAUGUCUUUGGGAGAAGAAAAGGCAUAUCCUCUUUUGAGGCUUUUAAUGUUUAAUAGAUUAUUGUAUUUUAAUAUUUUGUUGGAAGCCGUCCAGAGUGGCUGGGGAAACCCAGCCAGAUGGGCAGGGUAAUAAUAAUAAUAAUAAUAAUAAUAAUAUCCAGAGUCGAGUCCCUUAGGUGGUUGGAUGGCACCUUGUAUGCCUUCUUCCAGCCACUCCUGCUGCCAAGCUGGUGCCAAGUGUAUUGCUCUGCUUUCCCUUGGACCAUAUCGGUGAGGCCGAGAGGGGGGGUCUUGUCAUCUGGGCAGCCCAGGACCUCCAUGCACACUGCCUAGGCUUGCCCCCCUCACUUCGGUGCAGCUAACGCAGCAGUUUGACUUCCCCCACUGGAGGCAUACUCCAUUGUCUCUCAAGACCAGGGGUCGGCAACCUAUGGCCCAUGGGCCACAAGCAGCCCAUGGGGGUCGUUUAACUGGCCCACGGACCCCCGCUACCUGCUCAGUCGGUUCCCGUGCGCCGCACUAAACUGGCGCGGCGUGGAGCAGAGCAGGGACCGCCUUCUGCGAUGCUGGCCGGCUUCCCAUUGGCUGUAGGAAGCUCCUGCACCCAAUGGGAAGCUGCGCCAGAAAUAGUGUUUGUGCAUGUGUGCGUGUGUGUGCAGUCCAGCCCACUGCGGCGUCUGCGGGAUUGUGAACCAGCCUAAGCCACAAAAACUUUGCCGACUUCUGCUUGAGACAGAUGGACGCCAACAGCAUUUGCAAAGCUAAGCAGGGUCCGUAUUGGUUUCAAAUUGGAUGGGGAGCAUUGAGAUUCCUGACCCUCAGAGUCCCUUCCAGCUCUCCGGUUCUGUGAUCCUAUGAAUGAGCAGGAGUGGUCCGGGUUGCAGCAGGGCUGAUGGUUGAACACAUUUGAAGGAAGUGGAAUAAUACAUUGCCAUCUAAAGAACUGUCCCUGACCAUAAAUCUAGAGUGAAAGGGUGUUUUUUUUAGAGAGGAGACCAUGAGGCCACCGAGUCAAGACUCGAAAAUAGCCACUGUGCUGCUGUUUGUGACUCAGAGGCACUUGGAGGAAGGAGAAGAUUUGGAUGGGGAAGAGCUGGGGUUUCCCGGUGUGGUGAAAACAAACACAGCUGUGAGAUUACUGUCUUGAAUAGGCUGCGGGUUAUGAACUUGGAUUGCCUUUGUUUAAAGAACAGGAGUGUCCGUUGACUCAUUGCUAAGAACAAUGCGAAGUGCUGGAGCUCACUUUUAAGUAGUAAUGAAACAAAGAUUUAGUAAAGAAAAAUAAUAAAAUAAAAUCUAGUAAAGAAAAAUAAAAAAUUUUUUUAGUAGAGAUUGGUUCUUCAGAGCAAAUGAAGGUCUUGCACCUUGCACACAUGUUCUUGUUCCUCUGGGCAAAUUACUUGAGAUUUUUUCAAACCCUUACUGUCCGCUGUGGUUCCAAUAUUUAACUAUGCAUUCUUGUGUUUGUUUACUUGUUUGUUUGUUGUUGUUGCACCUCAGGUUCUGCUUGUGUGCUUCCCUUAGAUACCUAGUUGGCCAAUGUGAGGACAAGAUACUUGACUAGAGGGCCCACUGACCCGAAAUACAGUGGUACCUCGGGUUACAUACGCUUCAGGUUACAUACACUUCAGGUUACAGACUCCGCUAACCCAGAAAUAGUGCUUCAGGUUAAGAACUUUGCUUCAGGAUAAGAACAGAAAUCGGGCUCCGGCGGCGCGGCAGCAGCAGCAGGAGGCCCCAUUAGCUAAAGUGGUGCUUCAGGUUAAGAAGUUAAGAACAGUUUCAGGUUAAGAACGGACCUCCGGAACGAAUUAAGUACUUAACCUGAGGUACCACUGUAGCAUCUUAUGUGCUUAUGCCAUUUAAUCCUGCUGCUUUUUUUAAAAAAAUAUUGUCAUUAAAUUUAUUGUAUUUUAAUGAUUUUCUUCUGACUUUUGCCCGUGGAUCAGGCUUCCUCAACCUCGGCCCUCGAGAUGUUUUGAGACUACAAUUCCCAUCAUCGCUGACCACUGGUCCUGCUAGCUAAGGAUCAUGGGAGUUGUAGGCCAAAAACAUCUGGAGGGCGGAGGUUGAGGAAGCCUGCCGUGGAUUAUCUUAACAAUGGCAUAUUGAUGGUUUAUGAACGACGUGAUUCAUUAACAAUACCAGCACAAAACAACUUUUGCAUGUGAUUCUGCCAGAGUCACAGUUCAGCCAUUGGCUAAGACUGUUGGUUUUCUGAGCUCAUAAUUAAAAACGGUGGAGAUCCCACCCAGCCCAGUGUUCAGCCCAGUGUGAGACCUGUCUUCUACAGAGGGCGUGAUUUUCUAUGAUAAAGGUGGAGAAGCAGGGCUGACCAAGGCAUUUUGCCACCUGAGGUGAGCUGGAAAAUGGUGCCCUCUGCCAUGUCUCACUCCUACAGAGGGUUUUAUGUCACAUGCACCCUCACCAAAACUGCUUCUAAGCUGCAGGGCGGGGCAUGAAACAGUGUCAGCUCAAUACAUUUUGCUGCCUGAGGCAAAGGACAAGAUGGCGCCCUUCCCCAAGGCCCAUACACAAGCCAACUGGACUUAAUCUACUCCAAUACUGGUGAAAGGACUGUAUCUUCCACUGCACCUGAGGGCAGCAGGCUAACACAGGGGGGUACAGGGCACUCAUAGCCGUGCUUACUUCCUGCUAGGGCUGCCAUACGUCUGGAAUUUCCUGGACAUCACUGGGAUUUGUUCUUCAAAAAUGGCGUCCGAGUGAAAUUUUGGAAAAUAGCUUGAAAUGUCCGGGAAAACCCAGGCGUAUGGCAGCCCAUAUUGGAAGUGUUGAUUUGCGAAUUUCCAAACACACACACACGCAAAAACCCCAACAACUUAAAAAAGUUCAACAACUUUGGUCAAUGCCCCCCCCCCCCCAAGUCUGGAUUUUUACUAUCUGAAAUAUGGCACCCCUACUCCCUGCCCCCUCACCAUCUGCUGCUUAAGGCAGUUGCAUCCUUGUGCCUCAUCAUAGGGCCAGCCCUUCAAAACAACAAGUCCCAUAGAAGUGAAGGCAUAUUAUCAUAUGACCUAGUCUUCUUGCUGACACAGUCAUACCUUGGUUCCUGAACAGUUUAGUUGCUGAACAAAUCAGCUCCCAAAUGCCACAAACACGGAAGUAAGUGUUCUGGUUUGUGAACGUUUUUUGGAAUCCAAAAGUCUGACGCGGCUUCCGCUUGAGUGUGUCUUUAUAUGUUAUUUUAUGUUGUGGUAUAGAAAUUUAAUGAAGAAUAAUAACAACAUACCCUUCAACAUUUCUCCAAUGAAAACAGGCAUGUUCUAUUCCACAAUAAUAACAUUUUUAUUAUUUAUACCCUCCCAUCUGACUGGGUUGCCCCAGUCACUCUGGAUGGCUUCCAUCAUAUAUGAAAACACAAUAAAACUUCAAACAUUAAAAAAACUUCCCUAUAUAGGGCUACCUUCAGAUGUCUUUUAAAGAUUGUCAUCUCUUUGGCUCGGAGCUUGCAUAACUCCAUACCCUCCAACAUUUCUCUAAUAAAAAUAGGGACGUCAAAAGGAAAAGUGGGACAUUCCUGGGUCAAAUCAGAAACUGGGAUGGCUUCUGUAAAACCAGGACUGUUCUUGGAAAAUAUGGAAGCUGAGAGGGUCUGAAACAACAACAACAACAACAACAGGUUUCUAGGGUAGGACCAAAAGUCAGUGGGCUACAGGAUCUUAAAGCAAUAUCUCAGACAACGUUCAAGUAACACCUGCAUGUAGUUAUAGGUGUGAGGAAAAAACCCUUACUCUCUUCUUUUCCUGCCUCCAGACCUUCAAACGAAUGUAUUCAUAUUCCCAGAGAGUUCAAACACAGCUGCUGUGGUUUUGAAUGCCUCGUUCCAGGAUCCUUUCACCAGCGUCACCGUCUGCCUGAGAAGCUACACAUUGCUGAACCGCGCCUACGGCCUCUUCUCUUAUGCCACACGGAAAAGCGACAAUGAGCUCCUGAUCUUCAAGCCCAAACCCAACCAAUACAACUUUUAUGUGGGUGGCACAUCGGUGACCUUCAGCGUUCCAGAAAGAAUGACCUCUGGACCUCAGUGGGAGCACAUCUGUAUGAGCUGGGAGUCUGCCACGGGGUUGGUGGAGUUCUGGUUGGACGGGCAGCCUCUCCCCCGAAUGGGCAUGAAGAAGGGUUACUCUAUAGGCACAGGGGGAUCCCUUCUCCUGGCGCAAGAUCAGGAUUCCGUUGGAGGUGGCUUUGAUAUCAACCAGUCCUUUACAGGAGAGCUCACGGAUGUGUACAUGUGGGACCGGGUGCUGACUCCAGAUGAGGUGCUUCUCAUCCGCAAUGGCGGCACCCUUUCCAAAUAUAUUUUGAACUGGAGAUCCCUGAGCUAUCAAAUUAAGGGGUAUGUCGUAGUUAAGCCUUCCCUGAUGACCAUCUACUGAACUAGGGAGCUGCCUUAAAUGAAGCCCUUGCCUAAAAAGAAAUAGAGCUCUCUUAAAAUUAUCCAGAUUUUCUUCAGGGUGUUUCAGUGGUGACGGUGUUGAUCUCAACUCUUUCAGCCUGUGAACAAGUUCCGGGAAAUCAUACAUGCAACUUCUUGUAUACCAUUGCCCUUCUAAUAAAAAAAGAUUGCAUCUUAUUUCCUUUUCCUUUUAAAAAAAAUGUUUGUAUUGCUGAGGAGAGAAUGGGACAGAUGUCCAACCAGAUGUGGGAAUGC